AUGGUCUAUGCAUUCGUGCAUCUCACCGGGUGGAACUUCAAGUUCCUAUCUCAAGUCGAGCAGAUCCUCUGGCGGGUAUCGAGCUUGAUAUUGGUCGGUACGACAGCUCUCUUCUGGGUCCUCGAAGCGGGUGCUAUUUUGCAGCGAUAUGGCAGCAAUCGAAAACUUUGGACCGAAGUGUUGAGAAAGGAGGACAAAAAGUCAGACGUAACAGUAACAGUAGUUGAGGAUGCAUUAGUCGAGUCGCGAGCCACGCCAUCGAAAGGCGAACCGUCUACAUUAGAGCCUCGACAGCAGCUUCUGCAACAGCGCGAUGUAGAAGAAGAUGAAGACCCGUGGGCCCCAAAACAGCUUCCUCUCGUUUGGGAGUUUUGGAGUAUCCUCUCGGAUCGCUCUCAUCUACGCCACGGCGAGGGCAUAUAUCCUCGCCGAGCCAUUGCUUGGCUUAAGAUCAAUGCAGGCGAGGGCGUUUGA